AUGCCCUCAGACAUCAGCGCCGCUUACAGGCUGUUAGCCGAGGGGUUUGGCCAGAUGCGGCAGUCGGGCAGCGGAGAGGGUGUCCUGGACGGCAUGAUAGAGAUGCUCUUGAGUGAGAGCGAGAGACCACCGAAGGAGGUGGAGGGUGUGGGGCAAGACUUCAUCGAUGAGUUGGAGAGAGUGCCAAACAAAAGGCUGAAGAAGGACAUGGACUGUCCGAUUUGCAGUAACCCUUUCGUCGAAGAUCAAUACCCACUCGUGGUCCGCCUGCCGUGUAAUUCCAAGCAUUUGUUCGAUCUAGAAUGCAUAGCGCCGUGGCUGAAGCUCCAUGCCACCUGUCCAUUAGACCGAAAGAAUUUAGUGAAAGCGAAGAAGCCGCCGACUCCACCCCCACAGGUGGAAGAGGAAGAUGGAGAGUACGACGACAUGUAUGCAUGA